GGUGUUGAGGGCAAGCUAAGAGGAUGAAGGCGCCAAGUGCCCAGAGGAAGCAUGGUAUGGCGCAGCGGAGCCGGUGCUGAAGUGCUCUCUCUGAUGGCUCUAUGGGAGUGGAUAGCCCUGAGUCUGCAUUGCUGGGUGUUCGCCGUUGCUGCCGUCUCCGACCAGCAUGCCACAAGCCCCUUCGACUGGCUCCUGUAUGACAAGGGACCCUUCCAUCGCUCACAGGAAUACACUGAUUUUGUGGACCGAAGCCGGCAGGGAUUUAGCACAAGAUACAAGAUAUACAGGGAGUUUGGCCGCUGGAAAGUAAAUAACCUGGCAGUUGAGAGAAGAAAUUUCCUCGGCUCCCCUCUGCCUCUUGCCCCCGAAUUCUUCCGUAACAUCAGACUUUUGGGACGUCGGCCUACCCUCCAGCAAAUCACAGAAAACCUUAUCAAGAAAUAUGGGACCCAUUUCUUGCUCUCUGCUACUCUGGGAGGAGAGGAGUCGCUCACCAUUUUUGUGGACAAGCGGAAGCUGAGCAGAGGAUCGGAAGGAGCUGAUUCCGGCACCAACAGCUCCUCGGUCACCCUGGAGACGCUGCAUCAGCUUGCUGCCUCCUACUUCAUCGACAGGGACAGCACCCUGAGGAGGCUGCACCACAUCCAGAUUGCAUCCACUGCCAUAAAGGUAACAGAAACACGGACGGGUCCCCUGGGCUGCAGUAACUAUGACAACCUAGAUUCUGUCAGCUCUGUUCUGGUCCAGAGUCCUGAGAAUAAGAUUCAGUUGCAAGGCCUGCAGGCUCUCCUCCCCGACUAUCUUCAGGAGCGUUUUGUGCAGGCAGCUCUGAGCUACAUCGCCUGCAACUCCGAGGGAGAAUUCAUCUGCAAGGACAAUGACUGCUGGUGUCAGUGUGGCCCCAGAUUCCCAGAAUGCAACUGCCCCUCCAUGGACAUCCAAGCCAUGGAAGAGAAUCUGCUUCGGAUAACCGAGACCUGGAAAGCCUACAAUAGUGACUUUGAGGAGUCAGAUGAAUUCAAGUUCUUUAUGAAAAGGCUGCCCAUGAAUUAUUUCCUCAACACGUCUACCAUCAUGCACUUGUGGACAAUGGAUUCUAAUUUUCAGCGCCGCUACGAACAACUGGAGAACAGCAUGAAACAGCUUUUCCUGAAGGCGCAGAGAAUUGUGCACAAGCUCUUUAGCCUCAGCAAGAGGUGUCACAAACAGCCCCUCAUCAGCCUGCCAAGACAAAGAACCGCCACCUACUGGCUCACGCGCAUCCAGUCCUUCCUCUACUGCAACGAGAAUGGGCUCCUGGGCAGCUUCUCGGAGGAGACGCACUCCUGCACCUGCCCCAGCGACCAGCUGGCCUGCACGGCCGCCCUGCCCUGCACGGUGGGCGACGCGGCCGCCUGCCUGGCCUGCGCCCCCGACAACCGCACCCGCUGCGGCGCCUGCAACACGGGCUACAUGCUGAGCCAGGGCCUGUGCAAGCCCGAGGUGGCCGAGUCCACCGACCACUACAUCGGCUUCGAGACCGACCUGCAGGACCUGGAGCUGAAGUACCUGCUGCAGAAGACGGACCGGCGCCUCGAGGUGCACGCCAUCUUCAUCAGCAACGACAUGCGCCUCAACAGCUGGUUCGACCCCUCGUGGCGCAAGCGCAUGCUGCUCACCUUGAAGAGCAACAAGUACAAGUCCAGCCUGGUGCACAUGAUCCUGGGCCUGUCGCUGCAGAUCUGCCUGACCAAGAACAGCACCCUGGAGCCCGUGCUGGCCGUGUACAUCAACCCGUUCGGGGGCAGCCACUCGGAGAGCUGGUUCAUGCCCGUCAGCGAGGACAGCUUCCCCGACUGGGAGCGGACUAGGCUGGACCUGCCCCUGCAGUGCUACAACUGGUCCCUGACGCUGGGCAACACGUGGAAGACGUUCUUCGAGACGGUGCACAUCUACCUGCGGAGCCGCAUCCGCUCCAGCGGCCCCAACGGCAACGAGAGCGUCUACUACGAGCCGCUGGAGUUCAUCGACCCGGCGCGCAACCUGGGCUACAUGAAGAUCAACCACAUCCAGGUGUUCGGCUACAGCAUGCACUUCGACCCCGAGGCCAUCCGGGACCUGAUCCUGCAGCUGGAUUACCCCUACACUCAGGGAUCCCAGGACUCGGCGCUGCUGCAGCUGGUGGAGAUCAGGGACCGGGUCAACAAGCUGUCGCCGCCCGGCCCGCGCCGCCUGGACCUGUUCUCCUGCCUGCUCCGCCACCGGCUCAAGCUGGCCACCAGCGAGGUGGUGCGGAUCCAGGCCGCCCUCCAGGCCUUCAAUGCCAAAUUGCCCAACACCGUGGAUUACGACACGACCAAAUUAUGUAGUUAACCCGUCACGUCAAGCACAAACCCAAA